UGUGUGUGUGUGUGUGUGAGGGAGGGGGCGGGGUCUCCAUCCUGUCCUCCAUCUGCAUCCCCACAUCCUGAGACACACGAGGACAUUCGGAGACGCUUCUUCCUCCCGCAGCUGCAGUCAUGUCGAUGUCGCCCGCCCUCAGUGACCUGUCUCACCUCUAUCAGACGGAGUUUGUCCGCAGCGCCCGGGCCGUCGGUGUCCUCUGGGCCGUGUGCACACUCUGCCUCGCCAUCAUCCAGGUGGUGGUUCUGGUGCAGCCGUCCUGGGUCGGCACCACGGACCCCAGGCACCAGGGGGCGCACAGUGGCACCAUGGGACUGUUUGAGGUGUGUGUAGAGUCAGACUGGCCGGUCCCAGACUGUCGUGGUGGUCUGUCCAGUCUAUCUCCUCUCCCGUCCUUCCAGUCAGUAGCCGUGUUGGUGGGCGUGUCCCUGUGGACAGUGUGGACCAGUGUCCUCUGUCUCUGUCUCUUCAGGUUCUGCAGCGCUGCCACUGUGUACAAGAUCUGUGGCUGGCUGCAGCUGACCGCAGGCUUCUGUCUGGCGUUGGCGUGUCUUCUGUUUCCAGACUCGUGGGACGGUCCAGAGAUGAGGUCCCUGUGUGGAGAUUCAGUGAGCAGCUUCUCUCCAGGUUCCUGCUCCGUCCACUGGGCAUUCAUCCUCGCCAUCCUGGGCGUGCUGGACGCCGCCAUCUUAGCCACGUUAGCGUUUGUUCUCGCUAACAGGCAGGAUGCGCUGCUGCCACCGGACACCAAGGAAGUGACCACUGGUCUGCUGAUGUCAGUGUGAUGUCUCCAGGUCUUCACUCCUGGUUGUCCUCGUUAUUUUCUUCAUCUUCGUCAUCGUCAUUGCGAUGAAGAUAGAAUGCAGUGUUUCCUGCUCCUGUCAUCUUCAUCUGGUUACCAUAGUAACCACCUUAAUGUUGUCAUGGAGAGGAAAGAGAGGGGGAGGAGUCGAGUUCCAGUGUUGCCCCAAUGUCAGGACUCUUGUUAACAUAGUGGUGAGGUGGUGAACAUGUGACUGACUUUUGUCUGUAGUCAAUUUGUAACACCUGUGUGAUGUUAGCAGGCUAAUGUUAGCUGUUGUUCAGUGGCUUCGCCCACAGUCAGAGCUGCUGCUGUUAAAGGAACAGUCUGACAUUUUUGUCUUUUUAUGAUGGAUCACCUCCUCCUCGGUUUAGCUUAUCUUAGCUUAGUCCAAGUGUGAAACAGGGGAAACAGUUAGCAUUUAACAAAAUGUACUGGUCGUGUAGCAUAAGUUAGCAGAUAAACUAAACAGAGUGUUAGCAUUAGCUUUAUCAUUACUGUGUCUGAUUAACAUGCUGUUUGAUAGCUACAUCUAGUUAGCUUCAUGGCUAAUUAGCUUAAUUAGCUUUGUGACCUGUGAACUAAUGUUUACGACGUGGCAGAUAUUUGGUGCUCAAUGAUAGAGUCAUGAGAACACUGUUGCCUGGCAACAUGGUAGUCAUGUGAGGAGUGUAGAGAUGUUAGCAUCUGCUAAAUAAACUGAACUGUGAGUACGACAGCAGGGGGCGCUCACAUGGACUCAUCAUAUGUUAGCAUGCUCACAGUCUGUGGCUACACUUCAUUAGCAUGCUGUAGAGUUAGCUCUGGAGUGCUGUUAGCAUUAGCUUAGCUUUAGGUUGAGGUUUGACUACUGUUGAUGUGCUAAUGGAAUUUGCUGGUCUAGCCACGGAGAAUGACAACUGACCUGACCUUUGACCCUUUAGAGUCCUCCCGGUUACUUGUUGUUUUAUUGAUGUUAAUUGUGAAUAAAAACAAGACACUUU